AUUACCCUUUAUUUUUAUUUCCUACUUUCCACGUGUAAACGUCCUCCAAUCAAAGGCCGAGUUUUGGUUAAUUUGUAGCCAAUUAGACUCGGCUCAUAUUAGCCUUUUGCUCAUUCUUAUUUCCAUUGCAUUUUCAUUUUCCACACACCCACCAACUUAAGCGACAAGAUAAACAACUUCUGACGAUCGGAUAAAAUGGCGGAGAAAAGCUUCAAAUACAUCAUCCUCGGCGGCGGCGUCUCGGCCGGAUACGCAGCUAAGGAGUUUGCGAAUCAAGGGGUUAAGCCAGGAGAAUUGGCAGUUAUCUCCAAAGAAGCUGUGGCUCCUUAUGAACGUCCUGCUCUUAGCAAGGGAUAUUUGUUUCCUGAAGGGGCUGCUAGACUUCCAGGUUUCCAUUGCUGUGUUGGUAGCGGUGGAGAGAAACUGCUUCCUGAAUCGUAUAAACAGAAAGGGAUUGAGUUGAUACUAAGCACAGAAAUAGUGAAAGCCGAUCUCUCUGCCAAGAGUCUUGUCAGUGCAGCAGGGGAUGUCUUCAAAUAUGAGACUCUCAUAAUUGCAACUGGUUCUACUGUUCUUAGAUUGACUGAUUUUGGAGUGAAGGGUGCAGACUCUAAGAAUAUUCUCUAUCUGAGAGAGAUUGAUGAUGCCGACAAUUUGGUUGAAGCCAUCAAGGCAAAGAAAGGCGGAAAGGCUGUAGUUGUUGGUGGAGGUUACAUUGGUCUUGAGCUUAGUGCAGCUUUGAGGAUCAACAACUUUGAUGUCACUAUGGUUUUCCCUGAACCUUGGUGCAUGCCUAGGCUUUUCACCGCCGAUAUCGCUGCUUUCUAUGAGACUUAUUACACAAACAAGGGAGUGAAGAUCAUUAAAGGAACAGUGGCAUCUGGUUUCACCGCUCAUUCCAAUGGAGAGGUGAAGGAAGUACAACUCAAGGAUGGAAGGUCACUGGAAGCCGACAUUGUGAUAGUUGGUGUUGGUGCAAAACCAUUGACAUCCUUAUUCAAGGGACAGGUCGAAGAAGACAAAGGUGGAAUUAAGACCGAUGCAUUCUUCAAAACAAGUGUUCCUGAUGUUUACGCUGUUGGUGACGUUGCCACUUUCCCCUUGAAAAUGUACGGAGACGUGAGAAGGGUCGAGCAUGUUGACCACUCUCGCAAAUCCGCAGAGCAAGCUGUUAAGGCGAUCAAAGCGGCUGAGGGAGGCGGAGCUGUGGAGGAAUACGACUAUCUCCCAUUCUUCUACUCUCGCUCGUUUGAUCUCUCAUGGCAGUUCUAUGGAGACAACGUAGGAGACUCUGUCUUAUUUGGAGACAGCAACCCAUCAAACCCGAAACCAAGAUUCGGAGCAUAUUGGAUUCAAGGUGGUAAAGUGGUUGGAGCAUUCAUGGAAGGAGGUAGUGGUGACGAGAACAAAGCCUUGGCUAAAGUCGCCAAAGCUCGACCUGUUGCAGAGAGCCUCGAGGAGCUGACCAAGCAAGGCAUUUCAUUCGCCGCUAAGAUCUAAGUGUGAGAGAUGGAGAGAAACAGAACACCAACGCACUCGCUUCUUCUAUUCUAUGUUUACAAUAAGGUUACAUUGUUUAGCAACGUAUUUGAGACUAUGUUUUGCUGAAAUAAGUUGUGUGUUUGUAUUGCCUCUUCAAACUCCAUAAGAGUGUAACAGAGGAAACAUGAUCAACAUUCACAUUUUAGAUUUUAUGUAUUGGUCAGACUGCAGUUUCAGUAUUUGUUGUUGGUUCUCAAAUCCAUUUAACAAUCUAUUCUCAAUUUUGUUAGAUGUUUUAUAAAAACUAUAUUUCCCUUCUGUAAUUAUGGAUUUCCCUAUUUUAAAGUUGUGAAUUUAACCA